AUGUUCUUCCUCACGCGACGAGUUCCUCGCGCUCCCGCCGAGCCAGCCAAGGUCGAGCACGAUCCCACCUUCGGCAACGCCAUCCUACAAGCGUACUACGCAGGCAAGAAAUGGCAAUGCAUGUGCGGAGCCGCCAACGAUGAGCACCUCCGCAAGCAUCUCAACGAACCGUAUCCCGCCCAAGAAGAUACGGAAUACCGAUCCGAUGACAUCGAAUACGCCGUCAACUUCCUCGAGCACAUCAGCCUCUGCGAAGAUUGCCUCCGCAACGAGCCUGAGCAGUGGAGGCUCCAUACGCUCGCCCACGGAACCGUCAAGCGAUAUCGAGACUUCUACCUGUCCUUGUACCAGCUUCUCUUCAGCAAAGGGUGCAAGGAGACCUUCGAGGUCGAGGAGGACUUUGCAUGUGAACAUGACGAACGAGUCGAAGCCGACCAUUGGUGCCUGUUCGCCAUGAUUCAGGUGGAGCGCAUCAUCACAAGUGUCAGCCGGAUCGUGGCGAUCGUGGGUUCGGUGGAGCCGCACAUGGAUCAUGAUUCUUGGUAUAUCGUCUUGAAUCUGGCUGAACGGCUCAUGGAGGCAACAAACAAGUUGCAGUAUCGCGUCAAGCAUAUCUGCCGGACUUAA